CGUGGAACCAUCAACUCCACGUGCUCCGCCUCGGAAGUAUGGAGGAGCUACUGUUCGUAAGACAGCCAGGCGGCGUUCUCAAACACCGGAAUACACUGUGCAUAUAGGCACCGUGCACUAAAGUUUUGGAGCGACGCUCGCGCCCCCACGAGGAGAAACGCUGCGUAAAGCUCUGGUACCAUGUGGUCACACCGCGUGACUGCCAUCCAUGCGGAAGGUGCUGCUGUCGUCAUUUCGCAGUUGUUCGAAAAUUCAUAUUGGCAUAUCUGAGCCGAUCCCAUGGAGAACCCGAAAAGAAGAAAAAACGGAACCUAUUGCUGUGUGGUAGGGUGCCACAACAGUCAAGUUAGCGUAAGAGGCAAGCAGCCCGCCAUAAAGUUCUAUUGCUUCCCGACCAAAUGGUACGAGAAGGAACGGCCACGACAGUGGAUAGCUGCUGUACGUCGGGUCAACCCGGAUGGCACUGCUUGGGAGCCGAGCCCCACAACCUUAAUAUGCAGCGCGCACUUCGUGGGAAACACGAAAAGCGCUGAUCAAGCACAUCCAGCCUAUGUUCCAACGGUCUUUCCAGCAGUCUACAAAGGAAAGUCUACCGCUGGACUUGCGCCGAUUGAACGCUACGCAAGAUCGAAAAGACGUGCCAUGUCACACAGCAUCGUCACGGAACACGUGACAGAAACCGUUACUGCUGCUUCGGACCUGUGCAUGCAAGAAAUGAACUCUUAUGAUGACUGUGAGCUGCCUGAUGGAAAAGUGGCGUGUCAGCACUCAUCUGUGGAAACACAAACAGAUGACAGCUGCCUAGGCACUACCACUUUAUUUUCCAUGUUCACCUGCAAAAUUUUGGAGAAUACUGCAAGUACACAGGUCAGCCACGCGUCUCAGACUGAAACCGGAGUUCAGGCUAUGCCCGAAACAAAGUCAGAUGCUUCUGGCCCUACGGAGCGUGUCUGCAUCUUUCAAGGAUAUGAAAAUGUUCGUAAUGAUGUGGCAACAUUGCAAGACUUAUGUGGUGUAAGCCCACAAGGUUUCGCCUUACUUUUCAGCCUGCUUACAAGCUUCCGGGUAAGGGUGGUGGAUGUCACUGUCCUGAACAAACUCCUAUGCUUUUAAUGAAACUUAAGCUGGGAAUCAGUUUUGCUAGUCUGGGUGCCCUAUUUGGAGUUCACCGAACAACUGCAAGCCGAAUAUUUUUUAUUAUUCUGACUAACUUGGUAACCGCAACACAGAAAUGGAUAUUUGCAGUAUCACGUGACACUGUUCAAGCCACUAUGCCAGCAUGCUUCAAAGAACAUUAUCAUGCAUGCAGGUAUAUAAUUGACUGCACAGAAAUCAAAACUGAAACACUGUGUGUUUCAAACACAAAGUGCUCCAUGCGGUUGCCGCCUUAGGCGGCAACCGCAUGGAACACUUUUGACAACUGAGUGGCAGAGCCAUUUAUAGGGAGAGUUUGGCCAGGGGGAUGAACGUGUAGUAUAUUUCUAUUGUCGGGAAAAACUCACGUGACCUCUAGCGUUUUGCCAAUCGUUGGACGACGGUUGAGUAGCUUUUUUGCUUUGCUUUUUUCUGUCUCCCAGGGUGACCUGUGACGCUGGGGGUGUUUUCCCCUUUCCCUCUCUCAUCUGUUCUCUACCCUCUCCCCCGCUUUGGUGGUUCUGGGUGUUUGUGGAUUUUCCUUCGCGUCGACUGAAAUAAAUAAUAAAAUGCGGCA